AUGGGCCUCCAGUCUGGCGACGCCGUCCGCAUUCGAGGCUCAACGGUGGUGUACAAGGUGGUUGCUGUCAACGGCAGCCUAAUCACCAUCAUCGUCUCGAAUCCGCAGCCGGACGGCCAGUAUCUCCCCUUCACGCCCUCGGCACUGCAGACGGUGGACGAAUCGCGGCUCGAGCGAGCCGACGAUGUGUCCUGA